AGGACCCAGGAGACCUGACAUACCUUUGGUCUUUUUGGCCCGGCCAUGCCCGUGAUGCCCACCCUGUGAAGGUCUUUCACCAUCUGAAAAUUGUGCCAGCAGACGACCCGUGGAUCCAUUUUAUUUUCCCUGCUAGGAGUUGCUCUACAUAAAUCUGGCGCGAUGUCCCUGUUCUUCCCUCGAUGCAACUCCGUUGUCACAGUCAAGAAGGAUAAGAGACACAUGGCUGAGGUGAAUGCUUCUCCACUCAAGCACUUUGUCACUGCCAAGAAGAAGAUCAAUGGCAUUUUUGAGCAGCUGGGGGCCUACAUCCAAGAGAGUGCCACCUUCCUUGAAGACACCUACAGGAAUGCAGAACUGGACCCCGUUACGACAGAAGAACAGGUUCUGGACGUCAAAGGUUACUUGUCCAAAGUGCGGGGCAUCAGUGAGGUGCUGGCCCGGCGGCACAUGAAAGUGGCUUUUUUUGGCCGGACGAGCAAUGGGAAGAGCACCGUGAUCAAUGCCAUGCUGUGGGACAAAGUUCUGCCCUCUGGGAUCGGCCACACCACCAAUUGCUUCCUGCGGGUGGAAGGCACAGACGGCCACGAGGCCUUCCUCCUCACGGAGGGCUCCGAGGAGAAGAGGAGCAUCAAGACUGUGAACCAGCUGGCGCAUGCCCUCCACCAGGAUGAGCAGCUGCACGCCGGCAGCCUGGUGAGUGUGAUGUGGCCCAACUCCAAGUGCCCGCUGCUGAAGGAUGACCUCGUGCUGAUGGACAGCCCCGGCAUCGAUGUCACCACAGAGCUGGACAGCUGGAUUGACAAGUUUUGCCUGGACGCUGAUGUGUUUGUGCUGGUGGCCAACUCGGAGUCUACCCUGAUGCAGACGGAAAAGCAAUUCUUCCACAAGGUGAGCGAGCGCCUGUCCCGCCCCAACAUCUUCAUUCUGAACAACCGCUGGGAUGCGUCCGCCUCAGAGCCCGAGUACAUGGAGGAGGUGCGGCGGCAGCACAUGGAGCGUUGCACCAGCUUCCUGGUGGAUGAGCUGGGCGUGGUGGAUCGAGGCCAGGCUGGGGACCGCAUCUUCUUUGUGUCCGCCAAGGAGGCGCUCAACGCCAGGAUCCAGAAGGCCCAGGGCAUGCCCGAAGGAGGUGACAGGGGCGCUCUUGCAGAGGGCUUUCAAGUGAGGAUGCUUGAGUUUCAGAACUUCGAGAGGAGGUUUGAGGAGUGCAUCUCCCAGUCUGCAGUGAAGACCAAAUUCGAGCAGCACACGGUCCGGGCCAAGCAGAUUGCGGAAGCAGUUCGCCUCAUCAUGGACUCUCUGCACAUCGCGGCUCAGGAGCAGCGGGUUUACUGCUUGGAAAUGCGCGAGGAGCGGCAGGAGCGGCUGACAUUUAUUGACAAACAGUUGGAGCUCUUGGCGCAAGACUACAAACUGCGGAUUAAGCAGAUUACAGAGGAAGUCGAAAGGCAGGUGUCCACGGCGAUGGCCGAGGAGAUCAGGCGCCUCUCUGUGCUGGUGGACGAGUACCAGAUGGAUUUCCACCCUUCUCCCGUCGUCCUCAAGGUUUAUAAGAAUGAACUGCACCGCCACAUAGAGGAAGGACUGGGCCGAAACAUGUCCGACCGCUGCUCCACGGCCAUCACCGGCUCCCUGCAGACCAUGCAGCAGGAGAUGAUCGACGGCUUGAAACCCCUCCUCCCUGCGUCCGUGCGGAGUCAGAUUGACAUGCUGGUCCCUCGGCAGUGCUUCUCCCUCAGCUACGACCUGAACUGUGACAAGCUGUGUGCUGACUUUCAGGAGGACAUCGAGUUCCAUUUCUCUCUCGGGUGGACCAUGCUGGUGAACAGGUUCCUGGGCCCCAAGAACAGCCGCCGGGCCUUGAUGGGCUACAAUGACCAGGUUCAGCGUCCCAUCCCUCUGACGCCAGCCAACCCCAGCAUGCCCCCUCUGCCUCAGGGCUCCCUCGCCCAAGAAGAACUCAUGGUUUCCAUGGUCACUGGCCUGGCCUCCCUGACGUCCAGGACCUCCAUGGGCAUCCUGGUUGUUGGAGGAGUGGUGUGGAAGGCGGUGGGCUGGCGGCUCAUCGCCCUGUCCUUUGGACUCUAUGGCCUCCUCUAUGUCUACGAGCGUCUGACCUGGACCACUAAGGCCAAGGAGAGGGCCUUCAAGCGCCAGUUUGUGGAGUACGCCAGCGAGAAGCUGCAGCUCAUCAUCAGCUACACCGGCUCCAACUGCAGCCACCAAGUCCAGCAGGAACUGUCUGGGACUUUUGCUCAUCUGUGCCAGCAAGUGGAUGUCACCCGGGAGAACCUGGAGCAGGAGAUUGCUGCUAUGAACCAGAAAAUCGAGGUUCUUGUUUCACUUCAGAGCAAGGCAAAGCUGCUCAGGAAUAAAGGUGGUUGGAUGGACAGUGAACUCAACAUGUUCAUGCACCAGUACCUGCAGCCCAGCAGAUAGUGGGCAGCCCGGAGCCGGAGCCAGAGCCUGUGUGGAGAAGGGCGGCGCUGCCAGCCGACGGGGCGCCUCCAGGGCUGCUCCUGUCUGGCCGCCGCCAUGAGAAUGAAAGCACCAGUGUCUCACUGUUUGGAGCCCUUCAACACUAGUCGCUUUCCCCCUCCUUCGCCUGCUGCUGCGGGAGAUUUUCCGGCUCACCCCCUAGAGGAGACUUUUUAAACGAAGACAGUGUGACACCGAGGAAUCAAGUCGAGUCCUCUCUGCUUUGUCAGAGUCACUUGACUGAGCAUCAUUGGGUGCUGGGUAAGGUCCUGGCUCCCAGCCUCACCGCAUGCCUGCCUGGAGCCCUCACACCCUCCUCCGCCAACACUGAUGCCGGCCCUGCACACCUGUGCUCCUUGCGCCCAGCACACCCGCAGAAAAGGCCACUCUAGGGACGCUGGGAUUUUCUUCCCAGAUCGCAUUGGCGUGGUUCUGUCCCAGAAGGACUGUGCUUGUGUCAGUCGGUCCUUCAGCUUUCGUGCUUUGUCCGUGCGCCGAGCCUCUCAGACACGUGUUGACGGUGGGGCUCGGUGCGCAUGCCCUGGGUUUUGGGUGAGGUGGGCCUGUGCCACGAGGGAGGAGGAUGCUGCAGAGGCGAUUUGAUGGCAGUGGUGAGAGUAGCUUAGGGGAGCUUGUGUGUGGAGGGCUGUGCCCCUCCUGACGCCUGUGCUGUUGGAGGGGCGGGCCUCCCUGCUCUUCAUUGUCAACCUUGUUCUAGUUUCGGUCCUUGGCCUGCGUAGUCUGGUUUUAUUAUGAGUGAGAGAUGGUUUGGUCCAGAGUGUUAAAGGAUGUAGUAGAAGGGAAGAUGGUGGCAGGAAGGGGCCUUGGUGGCAGGCCGGGGGGCGUGGGCCCCUUUCAGGACGACAGCUGGAGAAGGUGGAGUCGGGGCAGAGCAGGGCCCUCCAUUAGACCUCACUCUGUGGGGCCCACGGGGUCUGAGAGUCACCCCACCGGCUUGAUUGCAUCCCUAUUGUGCCCCUUAAGAGACAUGCCCCCCCCCCCCCCCCCAGCUUGGCCCACCUGCCCCUGGCUGAGCAUCCUCUGGGCUGAGUCUGUGCGGUGACGCUGCAGCUGGCCAGGGACAGUGUGGGAACCCUGGGCCCCACCUGUGCACUCCCCAUCCCCAGAGCCUCCCACCGACACACAUGGCCUCCUCCUGUUAACUUUGAGACGUGUUUUCCGCUGUUAGUGGUUAAAGUGGGGGCCGGUUCCUGUCUCCAGUGUGUUAGCUGUCUGGGCAAGCCACCUUUGGGGACAAGCCUUUGCAGCGCAGGUCAAAGAACAUGCUAGAAAGAAAGCAGCCCCUCUUCCAGCAAGAGGCGGGGCUCGUCCUGCCCUUUUGAGUCCACGUGCUCUCUGGCAUCGGAUGUGAGUUCAUGGCCUCUGCACACGUGGGUGGCCACGCAGGGGCGUCCCCUCCAGGUCCCACUGCAGUCUGCACUGCUGUGUGGAACAAAGGGAUGGGCUUCGCCAAAGGGCAAGUGGUAGGAGGGCUUGCUGCGUGUCCUGCAGGCCUGGCUGGUGUCACCUCACAGCCAGGGAAUCAGUGUCCCACAGUUCCAAGGAAGUUUGUGCUUUGGGGGUGAAAUUAUUUAAUAGAACUAAACAUGAAUUUUUUUAAAUGUAGCCUCUGGGCAAUGAAUGAAAUUUUGAACUUAUACAAUAAGUAAAAUGAAAUACGUACACCGAGGGGGAGACUUUCUGAAAGGAGUGUGGCAAAGACACUUUAAUUUAAUGCUGCUGACUUUGUUCUCUGUGUUUAUGUUCAUUUGCUGGAGUGAGACAUGCUUGACAGUGAGUUUUUUCUCCGAUAUAUUUAAGGUGAUAUAUUUGCCUGAAUUGCUCCUGUAUCAUUGCUGAUAAUAUUGGAAAUGAAAAUAAAGCUAGUUGGGAACCCA